GCACAUUUGUGAGCUCUUCCAGUGGAGAAGUACCUGCUUUGUACAAACUUCUAGAAAGGAAAAAUGUACAGAAGCCUGAGUGACAGUGAUGUCUCAAACAAAAGGAGGUCGACCAGCUGUGUAAUGUUAGUUGUGGUUUUGGGCUGCCUGGUGGUUUUGGGGAUCCUGCUCGCCAUCGCUGUUCUGAAGAGACCACCGGCUCCCAAAGAUCAUGAGGUACUCCCUGGAGACACUGGUGGGAGCAGUUUCACUACAGACCAAUGCAGUAUGACCCUCGUGGAGAGCAUUCCUCAACACAUGAGUUUUAAAGCCAAUGUAACAUUUGGGAUCCCUCUGGAAAAAGCAUGGAAAGACCUUAUCUCCAUGGCUACGGACCAAAUGGAUGUGGCCUCUUUCUACUGGACUUUAACCGGGGAAGACAUCAACGUUAACUCUUCCUCUGAUGCACCUGGAAGGGAUAUCUUGGAGCAACUUGAAACAUUGCCGUCAAGGAAUGUGUCUGUCCGAGUGGUGACGAGCAUUCCCUCCUUUAAAACAAACUCCACUGAUUUAGAGAUCUUGAAACAGAAAGGAGUUCAGGUGAGGGCGGUGGACUUUGGGCGCCUGACAAAAGGUGUCCUCCACAGCAAGUUCUGGAUAGUCGACAGGAAACAUGUGUUCAUUGGCAGUGCAAACAUGGACUGGAGAGCUCUCACACAGGUGAAAGAACUGGGAGUGGUGAUCUACAACUGUUCCAGUCUAGCAGAGGACCUCCAUAAGAUCUUCCAGUCUUACUGGGUGAUGGGACAGCCCAACAGCUCCCUACCACAGCCCUGGCCUUCAAAGUAUGACACUGACAUCAACAAACAUCACCCCCUGCUGGUGAAAGAUGGUAAUGUCUCCAGCAGGCUCUACCUUGCAGGUUCUCCACCAUCGUUCUGUCCUAAAUCGAGGACUCAGGACCUGGAGGCGAUUCUCUCCAUCAUCUCAGAGGCUCAUCACUAUAUUGAUAUAGCCGUCAUGGAAUACUUUCCCGCCACACUCUUUGAAAGGCCUCGGAGAUACUGGCCGUUCAUUGAUGACGCCAUCAGGACUGCUGCAUUCGAGAAGGAGGUGAAGAUCCGGAUGCUUAUCAGCUGCGGCCGGGACUCUGAUCCAGCAAUGCUGCCCUUCCUUCAGUCCCUAGCCUCGAUGGACAGCUCUAAGCAUCAUAUCAACAUUCAAAUAAAAUUGUACAUUGUGCCUGUGGGAAACCAGUCUGAUAUUCCAUACUCUCGAGUCAACCACAAUAAAUACAUGGUGACUGAUAAAGAAGCCUACAUUGGUACCUCCAACUGGUCAGGGGACUAUUUUCUGACCACAGCUGGAGUGGGUCUAGUGAUUUCCCAGCAUGCUCCACACCCUGUAUGGAAGACUGAGGCCCUGCAGAGCCAGCUCAGGGCAGUGUUUGACCGGGACUGGCACUCUGAGUUUGCAGUGAACCUUGCUGACCUGGGCCACCACCCAGACUGUGCAUUAUCAAAAUGAUAGAAGAUAAAAGCUUAACAGAAAUAUAAUUAAACCAUAGUGGUGGUUAUUAUAUCAUCUAUAUGUAAAAAAAACAAAAAAACAAUUUAUUUGGAUUUUUUUGUUUAUUAAGCAAAAGUAUGAAUAUUCAACAGCUGAAAAAGAGGAUGAAGUUCUUUAUGAAUGAAACAACGGUAUCAGAAGGGCAAACAUCACACCAGCAACAACAGCUGAACUGGUUCUUUAUAUCUGUGUGACUAAGGUUUGCACAGUUCUUACAUGUACAUUCUUCAUUUUUCCAUCCUCACUUAUCUGACUUCUCAAUGUAACUUGUAUGUAGAUUUAUUGUUUUAUCACUGACAGUGUGAAGCUGAUUGUCUGUAUGUGUGAUUAUGAAACAUGUUGUGUAAUUAUAAGAUAUAUGACAGAAACCAAAGCGGGAGUCACUAAUUCACUGUAAUGGACAAAAAACAAAGAGGGCUCGAACAACUGCUACAGUCCUUUGACAAAAGUGGGGGACUUCACUGCUGAUUAAAAGAAAACUAUAAGCGAACUGUGGUACAGUACAUCAAAUGGUAACAUUUAUGUUUAACACUGUACAUAGUCCCA